GCUCAUACCUGUUGCUUCGUCGGUCGAGAUAACACAGGGUUCUUCGCCUCCGUUGCAGCGUUCGGGAAGUGUCGGUGGAGAUAAUGGAGAGUUAUCGCGGAAUCGUCCUGCUCCUGGUGACACUGAGCCUGGUAGCCUCCGCAGCAGCUUUCAACCCCGACAGAACCAUCUACAAGUGGUCGCCGCUGUGGUUCAACAACUACUACAGGAGAGCUAAUCUGUUCAAAAGGUUUCGAGACGAGCCCAUCCAGAAGUGGAGUCCCAUGUAUUUCGACAAGAUCAACGAAUACCUCGAUCAGAAACGGACGGGCGCUAGCUGUGGGCGUGAGAACUCCAUGUGCGUCUUCCUGAGUGAGACAAACAAGCAGCCUGUGAUAGUGCGGUGCUGUGGGGCCCUCCAGUGUCUCUUCACUGGGUCUUCCUACACUUGUACUGACCCCAAAACUGUUGGUCUCGGUGAAGCUGUAAACGACAACAUGGCAGACUACUGAAUGCCGCCCACGAGUCAGAGAAACAUGCUUCGGGCCGCCCACGACG